AUGGGUCUGAACAAGGACGCCAGCCACACGUACGUGCACAUGCACCGCGCGCGCGACGCCGACCUCUUUGAGGAUUUUUGCAAGGAGAAGCUGCCGGACGACGAGGUCUACGUGCCGCCGCAGCACCAGCCGAUCAACCCGGAGGACGAGGACGACGUGGUGCCGGACCAGCACGCGGCGUUUGGGAUCACCAAGGCGACGCAGCGGUCGCGGGAGGCGGCGUGGAAGGAUUUGGGAUUGUCGGGGUUGAUGAAUCGGGGGCCGCCGCCUGCGGGGUUGCUUUGGGGUGCCAAGCAGCUUCAACCUACGAGCAAAGACGAGAAUUACUAA